AUGCGUUCCCUGUUAUACACUUUGCGCCUUGCUGGCUUUUUCGUUGGUUUGUCGUGCAUGUCAGGCUCUACAUUAGAGAUCACAGCUAUUGCAUCGGUCACAGCCGGUCCAUAUCCCAAGCUGCCUGAUGUUGUAGAAUGUGCGCCAGAGUAUGGAGAGAAUCUUGACAAACACGCUUGCUAUAAGGCUUUACAGACCAUGCCAGAUGGCCGUCGAUUUUCGCAAUUCGUGUCGCGUAAGAGAUAUCAUGGCCAGGAGGCCCUCAUAACUCCGGUCUACUACUACGAUAAUAAUACACACCCAUUCGAGGCUUCAUGCGUGAUUACGGUAGACCUGGCAGGUCGAUCCAACACCGACAAUAAUGUAUAUAUUAGGAAGAGUACCUUGAGGGAAUUGGUGGGUCAAGUGAACGCGAGCUGCAUCAUCGACAACUUUGGACGGGGUGGAUUUAUCACGUAUAAACUCGAAAACACCAUCGAGGGGGUUUCGAAGUAUAAGAAAGUACCUGCUGGCUACAAUACCCCUCUUUUCUUGACCGUGCAGGUUUCCCCGAGGCAAGGCAGAGGGAGACCUGGCGACACAGACCCUCGAGUCAACGAAGCGGUACAAAAUGGCUUGCUUGAAUCAAUACCACCGAUUGUGUUCAAGGUGAACCGUGCCAAAAUAUUCGUGAUAGUCAACGCACUCAAAGAAAUUUACAAGCGCAUGAGGAUCGGAGGAACUCAAGCCUGGUGGGAUAGUAGGAACAUCACUAACUCUAUACCUGAGAACGUAGAUUACAACUGUUAUGGAAGUGAAGGGUCGCCGAGGCCCCGCGACUGUGAAGAUGCCUCUUUCACAUUCGUGGGAGAAGGAAAUGUAAUAGUAGGCCCUAAGGAACCGCUCAUCAAGCAAGUUGGUAACUGUAAGAUUGAAGUCAGCAGUAAGCAGCGCCAUGCAUGCACAUUGGACGUUCUUCGAGCUACGAUCGAUGUACUGUUGGGUACCUGUCUGGAUGGCCCUCAAGCGAUUGGCCUUGGUGGGGUAGCUUCAGCGCGACCAUUUGACGCGAAUGAUCCUACGACCUUGCUCGGGAGACAAUCUAUUGAAUACCAAAACAUCACGAAACUCGGAGUGGGGCCGCCCCUGCCACCGACGUUCGAAAUCGAGAUAUCCAAAGCCCGUCCCCUCCCACCAUCCUUCCCACCAGCACCUCUAUGUGAUGCAUCUACCAAACCUGAUAACAGCACUGAUGGUUGCAUUGGCCACCAUGGCUCGCUCAUAAACAGCACCAGCAGCAACGGGGGUCUCCUCAUAAGCAAUCAAACAGGAGCUGUUGCCCGUCUUCUUCCUCUUGCAAUGGACCCAGAUGUUACUUCGUAA